GUCGGGGGCGGCCCUGGACGAGGCGCGCCGCCUGGUGCUGGCCUACAGGGCAGGCACGGUGCCCCCAGGGCUGACCGAGGAUGAGCUGUGGCGUGCCAAGUACAUCUAUGAUUCUGCCUUCCACCCCGACACGGGAGAGAAAAUGCUGCUCAUCGGGCGCAUGUCCGCCCAGGUGCCCAUGAACAUGACCAUCACCGGCUGCAUGCUGACCUUCUAUAGGACCACGCCGGCUGUGGUGUUUUGGCAGUGGGUCAACCAGUCCUUCAAUGCCAUCGUUAACUACACCAACCGCAGCGGGGAUGCCCCUAUCACCCCCAGCCAGCUGGGGACGGCCUACGUGAGCGCGACCGGCGGUGCGGUUGUUACGGCGCUAGGGCUCAAGUCCCUCACCAAGCACCUGCCGGCCAUCAUUGGGCGCUACGUGCCUUUUGCGGCUGUGGCUGCUGCCAACUGCAUCAACAUCCCGCUGAUGAGACAGAGGGAGCUCAAAGUGGGGAUCCCCAUCACAGAUGAGAAUGGGAACCGCCUGGGUGAGUCCACGGCAGCCGCCCAGAAGGCCAUCUUCCAGGUGGUGGUGUCCCGCAUCGGAAUGGCAGCCCCGGCCAUGGCCAUCCCCCCAGUGAUCAUGAAUGUGCUGGAGAAAAGAGCCUUCCUGAAGCGGUACCCGUACCUGAACGCUCCCCUGCAGGUUGGAUUGGUGGGACUCUGCUUGGUGUUUGCAACCCCACUGUGCUGCGCACUCUUCCCACAGAAGAGCUCGAUGCAGGUGAGCCGCCUGGAGCCCAGUGUCCAAGCUCAAAUCCGGGAGGUGGACCCACAGCUGCACACUGUCUACUUCAACAAGGGGCUGUGAGCACGGGGCCGCUGCGUUGCUGAGCUCAGAGCGUCCCAAAGAUGCAGCUGCUGCCCUCUGGCCACCUCCUGUCCCUGGGUGCUUGGGUAUAGCUGAGCCCCCGAACCCAGCGGGCUCCCAUCCUAGCACCUUCCCUGAGCUGUGCUUUACUGCUCUCCCGUCCCUUCAUGGGGCUGUCCUGAGGGCCACCAGCCCGGUGCCAGGAGCAGGGGAUAUUUCCCUGGUGGCACAAGGCUAGCGGUAGCAGGGCUGGGCAUACAGGUGCUUCACGAGGGUGGGGACAAAGGGGCCCCGUGUGCUGCUGCCAUCCUCCUGCGGUGCUGCACAUUGCUGGGACACCCAAGUGUCCCAACCUUGGGCAAUAUCAUGGGGUGGCUGUGCUGUUGGUGUCCCUGCAAGCUCCGACCCACGUUGUACCGGGUGUCUCCAUCCUGGCUGUCCCCCAGCGUGUUUCCCGUACCCAGUGUGUAUGUGGCUGUGUUCAGGCUGUGUCCCAUGGCAUCCCCCAGGCUGGAGCCUCAGAUGGAUGCUCCCACCCUUGGGCAUGGCAUCCAGAGAACACAACCCCUCAGAAGCCAGAGGUGAGCACUAUGGGAUAUACAGUGCAGUGGGGGGGCCGCUCCAGCCUGGGUGUGCGUGCGCAGCUCCCCGUGCGCUCUGCUCUGUGCUGAUCCCGGGCUGUAAUCUGGCUUUCCCCGGAGCAAAUGGCACAUUUUAAUCUCAGCAGUCUCCAUUUUAUUCCCUUUAAUGCGCCUUUGCUCAAGGCUCGGCUCCUGCAUGGCUUCCUCCAUGGACCUUCUCAUAUGGCUUUAAGCACAUCGCUGUUUCCUCUGGUUAUUUUUGUAAUACAUACUCCGUACCUGUAUCUACCAAAUAAUAAAGGCAGGUUGUUUAUACAAAAGCAGAGAGAAGUCCCUUGCUUACCGCUCCCCAUGCCAUGGAAAGGGGCUGGGGGCUGCCUUGGGGACACCAUGGGAUGGAUGGUCAGCACAGAGCACGCAGCACCCAUUAGGGAUGCAGGAGCAGCCCCGUCCCCCCCAGCCCCGGCAUAUUGCACAUAUCUCCCCCGAGCCAGCCAUCGGCGGCUUAUAAAUAAUGCAGCCCCUCGCCGUGCAAUAAGGGCUUGUCAAUUGCUGUUCUGCUCUCAUAAAUUAAAGAUGAAAAGGUACAAG